UGGAGCUGUGGGCCCCGCUCCAGGCAUCUGACCGUCUGGCCCAGCUUUUCCAGCUGCACUAGAGCCAGAGGUCCAGAGCCAGCCUUGGCGAGGACAGCACGAGCAGAGAAGGUCUGGGGAGCUGCGCUUGCGUGUGUUGGGGGUGGUCUUGGGUAGGGACGCUGCUGGCCCCCCGGGAAGUCGGACAGAUGGGACGUGGCCAGGGUGGAGGAGGGUGGAGGGCAGAGCCUUGGUGGAGCUGUCCUGAUUUGACGUGCCAAGCUCCUGCCCGAGUCUCCUGAAGGUAGGAGCACCUCCGCCUGCCCCCUCUCCCCGGCCCUCUCUUUCCUCUACUCGUCUGGGCCCCAGAGAAGAGAGCCGGCAGUCAGUGAAGGAUUUCCUCCUGCUGUAAAGACUGCCUGGUCCAAGUCCCCUCCAGGAGCUUGGACACAGCCAGUGCCUGUGUGGGAGAAUUCUGGGGAAAGAGCAGCAAGUUCUGGCUUUGCCUCAUCCUGCUCUGCACUGUACUUCUGGGCUUCUAUAGGUAAGGAGGAUGGUAACAGCCCUGGGGCCCUAUGGCAGCAACGUUUUCAGCCUGAUCUCCACUUGGCAGAGAGAAGAGUCUCAAAGCCAGGAUACACACAGCGUGGUUCUGCAGCGGAUGCAGCUGGAGAAAAAGGAGUCCAGUGAGCGUGACUGUCACCUGGACACCUGCAGGAUACCUGAAGUACCCAGGUUGGUUUACCCCAAGGCCCAGCUCCUCAAGCCCACGAGAGUGGAUGUGCUGGUCAUGACUCCCUGGUUUGCGCCCAUCAUCUGGGAUGGGACCUUUGACUCUGCCAUCUUGGAUGCACAGUUCAGAAACAUCACCAUUGGGCUGACCGUGUUUGCCAUCAAAAAAUACGUGGUCUUCCUGAAGCUCUUCCUGGAGACGGCCGAGAAGCACUUCAUGGUGGGACACAAGGUCAACUACUACGUCUUCACCGACCAGCCGGCGAACGUGCCCCAGAUCCCCCUCCAGGAAGGGAGGCAGGUGGUGGUCCUCGAGGUCCGAAACUACAAACGCUGGCAGGACAUAUCCAUGCACCGGAUGGAGAUGAUCAGCAACUUCUCCCAGCAGCGCUUCCUCCGCGAGGUCCAUUACCUGGUGUGCUUGGACGUGGACAUGAAGUUCAGCGACCAUGUGGGCGUGGAGAUCCUGGCACCGCUCUUCGGGACCCUCCAUCCUGGUUUCUACAGGGGUGAUCGUCAGUCCUUCACCUAUGAACGCCGGCCCUUGUCUCAGGCCUACAUUCCGAGAGAUGAGGGUGAUUUCUACUAUGCGGGAGGCUUUUUUGGGGGGUCGGUCCCUGAGGUUUACCGGCUCACCAUGGCCUGUCACCAGGCGAUGAUGGCCGACCAGGCCAACGGCAUCGAGGCCGUGUGGCACGAUGAGAGCCACCUGAACAGGUACCUGCUGUACCACAAGCCCAGCAAGGUGCUGUCCCCCGAGUACCUGUGGGAUGAGCACAUGCUGCGGAGACCACCUUUACUCAGGAAACUUCGAUACGUGGCUGUGCCCAAGAACCACGCAGAGAUUCGGAACCGAUGAGAACACACUUCCCAAGAGAGCCCACGUUAUCAGGCUGUAGCGCAUGUCAGUGGUUCUGCUGUCUUGGUAAGGGAUUGGCCAAAGAUUUGAUGACGUGGAUGAGGCCAUCUCUUUGUUUCCUCCUCUGGAGGGUCUUCCAUCACUCAUCAAACAAACCCAGCUCUGGGUUUUCAUUCCCUCCUAAUCCUGCAUUCUCUUUAAAUGUGACUGAUCCUUCAAGGUCUCUACAAGGUCACCUUCUUAUGAAGCUUUCUUUGGUCCUCGCUUCUUCCUGUGGUUGAAGUGAAUUGCUCUUCCCUCUGCAUUUCCGUAAAGUACUAAGUGUAUUCUUUGGCUAUGUCUGCCAUUCUGCCUACAUUACCCAUUGGCCUUGCCCAUUACAAUGUGAGCUCCUGACGGCAGAGGCCAAGUACAUACCUCAGUGCCUGAUGCCCAGGGACUCUCAAAACUGUUCACAUUUAAAUUUAAGGAACUCUUUUUUUUUUUUUUUUUUUGAGCUGUGCAGCCCAGCUUGUGGGAUCUUAGUUCCCUGACCAGGGAUUGAACCUGGGCUCUCGACAGUGAAAGCGCGGAGUCCUAACCACUGGACAGCCAGGGAAUUCCCUAAAUUUAAGGAACUCUUAAAAGCCUAUUUUACCAUGUCCUGAGACAGCAGGAGAGGCCCAGCCUGAAAGCACUUCCUAGGUUUGGUUUGCUUGUGUUGCUAGCUUGUUGCUUUGGAUUGUUUGUCUUUUUCUUAUUGAUUUGUAGGUGUCUGUUACAUAUUUUGGAUGCUAGUACCUUUAUCAGACACAUGUUAAAAAUAGCUUCUUCCAGUUUUUAUGUUGCCAUUUCAACUCUUUUAAUGUAGGUAAAUUUAAGAAAUCAUCCCCUGCUUUGAAAUCAUGAAGAUAGCCUCCUAUGUUAUCCUCCAAAAGCCUUAUGUUUUUGCCUCACACUUAGGUCUUUAAUCUACUGAAAUUGGCUUGUGUGUGGUUUUAAUGUAAAGGCCCAUUUUAACUUUUCUUUCUCUGGAUAACCAUUAUCCGAGCACCAUUUAUUGAAAAUGCGUUCGAAAACUUAUUGAAAAGUUCUUUCCCCUACUGAUUUGCAAUAUCAUCAGUCACAUAGUAUCAAGUGUCCCUAUGUGCCUAGGUUUAUUUUGGGGUUCUCUAGCCUGUGUUCCAUUGGUCUGUUUGUCUAUCCUUAUGGCAAUAACACAUCAUCUUAGUUACUCUAGGUUUAUAAAUAAAUCUUCGUAUCUGAUUGGGUAAGUCCUCCCACAUGGUUUCUCAAGAGUAUCUUGACUGCUCUUGGCCUGUUGCAUUUCCAUCUAACUUUUAAACUCUUUUGUCAAAUUGCACAAAGGAGCCUUCUGUUUUUUUGUUUUUUAAAGACUUAAAGACUUAAGUCUUUAAGACUUAACCACUUAAAGACUUAAAGUCUUUAAGACUUAACCACUUAAAAGACUUAAAGAUCUAAAAAUCUUUAAAGACUUAAAGAUUUUUAAAAUCUGUUUUUCUCAACAUUUUAUUUUGAAAAUUUUAAAGCAUACAAAAAAUUUAAAGGAAUUGCACAGUGAAUAUUCACAUACCUAUCACCUAGAUUCCACCACUAACAUUUUGCUCUGUGUUAUGAUUGUACCACUCAUCUGCCUAUUCAUGCCUCCGUUCAUGCAACUCAGGGAAACACAUUUCCUGUUUCUUCCUACGUCUACUCAUUCUUCAUUGUCUCCUAGACAUUGUGAUGAUUCAUUGUGGAGACAUAUUCUGUUAGAUUCUUUAGGAAAAGUUUAAUUCUUUUGUUUUAGGAGGCAGUAACUUGGGUGGCUUCAAAUGUCAAGCUCUCUCGCGUCUGUGGUGGGCCGCAGCUCAAGUCUCUAUUAUUCUUUCAGGGUCAGUUUGGUGGCUUGAAGUCUACCCCACCCAUGAGUAGUUUACAGAUCAGCCAAAGACUUGGGCUGAGUUUAUACACAGAAUUCAGGGCUCCUUCUCUCUGGCUGUCUCAUUUCUGGUAUUUCCCCCUGCAGUUUCCAGCUGCUGUGAUUACCCCAAACUUGUCCCCUUGUUCUUCAAACCAGUAAGAAGUGAAUCUUUCUCUUUACUGAGUUUUAGCUGUUGCUGAUGGGCAUGUGGCCUCGGACUAACAACUGUACGUAAAAGGAAUCUCUCCUAGUGCAGAUCUCUUCUUCCAAGUGAAGACUCCCUUCCAAAUCUUCACCUUUUGUCACUUUCUAGAGGCUUCAGGUAGUUUUGUAAAAAAGUGUAAAUUUUGGCCAAAGUUUACAGUUGUCAUAUGCAAGAGGGUGAGUCGUCUAUAAGGUACUUGUCCACUACUGAAAGCAGAACCUCCUAAUUUCCUUUGAUAUACAGUGCCCAUGGUUAGUAAGUUCAUUUCUAGGCAUUUAAUGGUUUUUAUGGCUAUUGUGAAUGUAUGUUUUAUUCCUAUUACCAGGGGUCAGUCCACUUUUUCUGCAAAGGGCCAAAUAGUGAAUGUUUUAGGGCUUAUGGGUCAUGCAGUGCCUGUCAUAACUAUUUAACUCUGCCACUAUCGUGCGAAAGCAGCCGUAAGUAGUACGUGAACAAAUGAGUGCAGCUGUGUUCAAAUAAAAAUUUAUUUCUGAAAACAGGCAGUGGGAUAGAUUUGGCCCACAGGCCGUAGUUUGCUGGUCACUGCUAUCACAUUUGCUAAUUAGUUAUUGCUGGCAUAUAGUGUAUGAGAAAGCUACUUAUUAUAAUCCAGUGUCUAUAUCAUGCAUCUGGUUAUGUUAUUAAAAUCUUUUGUAAGUCUUAGCUGGCUUUUUUCUAAUUGAUUCUCUUGAAAUUUCUAGAUUGAUAAUCACAUCAGUGGUUAAUAAUAAUAAAAGUAAUAAUAAAAGUAUAAUAAAAGUAAUAAUACUUUUAUUAUUUUAAUAAUAAAAGUAAUAAUAAAAAUAAUAAUAGCAUUCUUUGUUUAUUUCUUCUUAAGAGUCCUGUGGACUUUCUCUUUUCAUUCCCCUCUGACACCUGUCCAGCUCUCAGGGUCACGGUAAACAGGGAGACCAGACCACACCGUCUGGAUGUAGGUGAUCCCAGACCAGCUAAUUUAGGGCACAUGGUGAAUGAGCUUCUUCUUGUUCCCUGUUCUUGGUUCCCUCCAUUCGGCAAUGCUGACAAGUUGGUAGAGAUGUGUCCACAGGUCAUCUGUUCCCCAGAAUGUUCCGGUAUGAAUGUUUGGAUUUAUGCAGCCCCCAAACCACUCUUCCUUGGAUUCCAUGCACAUUUCUGCACAGGACAUCCACCCAGGUGGUCUGUACCCUUUCUGGGUGGUCCCACGGUGUUGCCUCCUUCAAGACCUCCUUAGGCAGCAGCAUCUCCUGUGGGGUGACUAUGUCAUCAUAUCGUGGGGAAGGGGCUUGGGGUCCUGGGCCACCCUUCAAGCUUUCGUGUCCAGUGUGCACACAUCAUCACUCGUUUCUGACCAGCCUGGUUUUAUUUCCUCUUUGAUCCAAAGGUAUUUAGAAGAGUAAU